GUAGGAAGGGGCUUGCGGGACCAGGGCCGCCCCGGGUGGCCUCCCGCGGCCCGCGCCCCGCCCCGGAGGGCUGCGGGAGGGCUCACGUGGGGGAGAGGCGCCUAUGGGGAGGCGGCGGGAGCCGGGCAGGGCGGAGGGGCCCGGCGGGGCCGCCAGCUGUCAAAGAGGCAUCCCGGGCUCCGGCGGCGGGAGCAGCCCUAUGUGUCCCUAAGCUGCCAAGCCCCCUGGGCCCCGCUCGCCAUGAACACCGAGGAGCAGUAUUACGCCUCGGCGCAGCUCUACAAGGAGUCGUGCGCGUUUCAGAGAGCCCAAGCGCAGGACUACAACCCCAGCCCCCCCGCCUGCCUGUACAUGGGCAGGCAGCAACAGACUCCUUAUUCCAGCGCCUUAGGGGCUCUCGAGCAAGGCAGCCCGCCAGACAUUUCACCUUACGAGGUGCCCCCCAUCACUGAAGAUGCCGGGGUCUCCCACCUUCAUCACCAUCACCACCACCAUCCUCAUCUUCCUCCUCCCCACCAGGACGCGCUGCCUUUCGCAGACGGGGCGGACACGGGAGCUAUAGAGGAGCCCCGAGUGCAGGUGCCUUUCGCCUGGAUGAAGUCCACCAAAUCGCACGCCUGGAAGGGACAGUGGACCGGGGGAUCCUACAUGGUGGAACCGGAGGAGAACAAGCGGACGAGGACGGCGUACACGCGGGCGCAGCUGCUGGAGCUGGAGAAGGAGUUUCUCUUCAACAAGUACAUCUCCAGGCCGCGGCGGGUGGAGCUGGCUGUCAUGUUGAACUUGACCGAGAGGCACAUCAAGAUCUGGUUCCAGAACCGGCGGAUGAAGUGGAAGAAAGAAGAAGACAAAAAGCGAGGGGCGGGCAACAGCAAUGACGCCGAGCAAGACUGCGUGGUGUCCUCCGGGGAGCACCAACCCAAGGAGGAUCUCCAGACAUGCCCGGCCGGGAACCUUUCCUCGGGAGCCUCCAGGGACCUUCUCGCCCCCAGCCUAGUCCCCAGAAGGCAGCAGGACUCUCGGUGAG